AUGCAGGCGCAGGCCCACGCUCGGCUUGGAGGGGCACAGGCCAGAUCUGCGGCCUGUGGGCACCAGGCGGCGGCUGUCGGCUGGAGUCCGACGCGACAAUGUCGACCGGUGGAAGGGGCAUUGGCGGAGAGCCGAAGAGCAGGCGCAAGUAGGAGUGGCAGAGGGCUGAGGGGCAGACCGGUAGAGGGCGAACGACGAAGGUUUGUGAAUGAUGAGGGGAAGGAAAUGGAGAGGCUUCUUGGACUUCAGCAUGUUGAGAGUUGUACAGUUGUUGCAUUGAAAGAAGCUUUUGUCAGUAUGCUUAACAGUCAUAAGCUACCAAUCUGUAGGCUUCGUGGGCAAUGUUACGAUGGAGCUUCCAAUAUGAGAGAUUGUCUGUCACAUGCUUUGCAAAGGAAGGAUCAAGACAUUAUUGAAGCAAGGCAUUUGAUCAUAGACGUGAAAGAGCAGUUGCAGGAUAUGAGGGACAAUGGAUGGGAUCCAUUGUUCAAAAGAGCGAAAGAAUUUUGUGAUAAGAAUGAUUGAAGCGCCAGAUAUGGAAAAGAAAAUAAAUGCUAGAGGGACAUCUGCACAUAGAAAGCAAAAUGUAACAAACAUGCACUUCUACCAUGUUGAGGUUUUCCUUGCUGCCAUAGAUGCCAUUUUGUCUGAGAUGAAUCAUCGAUUUGGUGAAGUUAGUUCAGAGUUAUUAGUAUGCAUGGCUUGUCUUAACCCAAGGAACUCCUUCUCUAAUUUUGAUGUGGAUAAGCUUGUGAGACUUGCUCAAAUUUAUGCUAUGGAUUUUGAUGUUAGUGACCUUAUACUUUUGCCAAGUCAACUCCGUAGCUUUGUCAGUCGUGGUAGAAGAACUCAAGAUUUUAUUUGAUGUGUGGAGCUUGUAAAGGUUGCUGAAAUUAUGGUGAAGAUUGAAAUGAACACAUCUUAUCCAUUGGUGUAUCGGCUCAUUGAGUUAACAUUAAUUCUUCCGGUGGCAAUAGCUUCAGUUGAGAGGAU